GCAACUCGAAGCAGUUAUCCGUAUCUCCGAAUCUUUGGCCAAGAUGCGUCUUGCACCAUUUGCGGUUGAGUCUGAUGUCGAGGAAGCUCUCAGACUUUUUCAGAUUUCUACUCUUGACGCAGCAUUAUCUGGAGCCGUUGAUGGUGCCGAGGGUUUCACUACGCAGGAAGAGCAUGACACUAUUACUCGGGCAGAAAAGCAACUAAAGCGAAGAUUUGUUAUUGGUAGCCAAGUUUCGGAGCACGCUAUCAUACAAGAUUUUGCUAGACAGAUAUAA